AGACUUCCAUUUACUCGUACGGACUCCAACAAAUGUACUCGUACUCCGUGGCUUGUAUCCAGGUUGAUCGAGUUCAGCACCAUGAGAUCAUCCGCCCUGCGAACGAGUCUCGAAUUAUAAAAAGAACGAAGUGAACUAUUCUCUCGUCUCAUUUCUGUUCAUGGGAUGGCAACCGGCGGCGGAUGGGCGCAAUUGCGUCAACAGAUCAGGACCCUAGAGAGUCAGACUGAAGCCUUAUUUCACACGUACUCGCAAUUCGCUUCCACCUCGAAUUUACCUGCCAAACCGUCCGAAGAAGAACAAAGGAAUGAGGUAGAGAUUCAAGAGUUGCUAGACAAGCGUGACGGUUUGAUUGCUCAACUUUCCCGACUUCUGGACUCUGAGAGUGCUUCGAGCACAUCCAGUCUGAAGCAGAACAAUCUGUCGCGACAUCGUGAAGUCUUGAACGAACAUCGGCAGGAACUUCGCCGGCUCAAAGCCUCGGUAUCAGAAGCACGAGACCGACAACAUCUCUUGGCCAAUGUGAGGUCCGAUAUCGACGCUUUCAGAAGCUCAAAUCCGGCCGAGGCUGAAGCCGAGUAUAUGCUUCAGGAGCGGGCACGGCUAGAUCAAAGUCAUAAUGUGAUUGAUGGGGUGUUGGCCCAGGCGUACGCCAUCAAUGAGAACUUUGGCAUUCAGAGAGAGACGCUUGCGAGCAUCAAUCGUCGAAUUACCAGUGCGGCAGCACAGAUUCCGGGCGUCAACGGUCUGAUUUCGAGGAUCGGCACCAAACGGAGAAGAGACGGAAUUAUCUUGGGCAGUUUUAUUGCCUUUUGCUUUCUGAUGCUAAUGUACUUUAGCUGAGGUAGGGAUGGAAUUAUUUUCGGGCCUCAGAUCUCGGGCACAGUUGGCCACGAUUUCUUUGGGUGGACAAACAACGGAAGCAACAACCAGCGACGCCUACCACGACUUCAGAGAGUACAGUUUUCGAAAACUACACCAGUCUCCUACGUGGGGAAUCCUGCCUCCGCACACGAGUGAAACCAGGAGAGGUAACUUUCAAUGCCUUGCUAUGUUGAUAAGAAUCGGAUGGUUCCUCUCCCGUUCUCGGGUGUCACGAUCGAACCUACAGUGGCCUGCCGAAACAGCCACUGUUCUAUUGGAUGGCAUUUGCAGCUAGACGAAUUUGUCGUACGGUGGCAGCUUGCUAUGAGCCUGGACUUGUUUCAACUCAACCCCCAAAGCAGGAAUGAUCUUAUGGUCUCGGUCUUCCCGUGUUCAAAUUGAUUUUAGCAUGCGACACAACGGACUUUGUAUGUUAAAAGGUACCACUACCUGGGCGUUCUGGCACUGCUGUUUCUAGGUUGUCAUAAUAUGAUAUCACUGAACGAGCUGGUUCUGGGAGGAUAGAGAAUGAUAUGUCCCUGUUGCGUACCUAGGUACGAGUAUGCUCUACUCUUCCACAUUAUGAGUCGAGCACACUUGCAUGUUGUCUAUCAUGGCCUUAAAGACCCCAACGGCAUUGGACAUAUGUCACAGCUGCGACUCUCUUCAUCAUCUUCGGGAGCAGAACGAGCAAGGCUUGACUUCAGUGUCUGAAGGUUGGAAGUUCCCUCUACCCUCUGCCCUUUGGACCUGUAGUCGGACGAUCCAGUGACCAUUCUGUCGCGGUCGGCCACACCGGAUGACGACAAUCUGUGCGUUACGGAGGUUUCCGUACCUACAUCCCUACCUAGGUCCCUAGGUAGUACGGUGUACAAGACAUUUUUGACUUGCGAAGGGCAAUGUUCAAAUGGCAGACGUCAAGGCUUCUUUUUGGAGUAAAUAAGCACCUUGGGCAAUGCGUAUCGUGGCCGGCCAGGGCUAAAAAGUUCAGCCAGGAAACCGGUGCCGAUGCGACCACGGCAAUACGUACUUGAUGUACGGAGUAGAUUACCAGAUCAUUCAUUGGCCAAUGCUACAUCUCAAGGGAAACAAGCAUUUGACUAACUACAA